GAAAACUAAACUGAAUCCUAUCAGUGAUCGUGGUAAAAUGGCUGAAGCCAGUAUCACAGGGAAUCAGAACCAAUUAAGCUGUCCUAUCUGUCUGGAUCUGCUGAAGGAUCUGGUGACUAUUCCCUGUAGACACAGUUACUGUAUGAGCUGCAUUAAGAGCUGCUGGGAUCAGGAGGAUCAUCUUGAAGUUUACAGCUGCCCUCAGUGCAGAGAGACCUUCACACCCAGACCUGUUCUGGGUAUAAACACCAUCCUGGCUGAAGUGGUGGAGAACCUGAAGAAGACAGGAAUACAAUCAACUACUCCCACUGACCAUUAUGCUGGACCUGGAGAUGUGGAGUGUGAUUUCUGUACUGGGAGAAAAUGCAGAGCAGUCAAGUUCUGCCUGGUGUGUCUGGCCUCUUACUGUGAAACUCACCUCCAACCUCACUAUGAGUCUCCAGCUUUUAAGAAGCACAAGCUGGCUGAUCCUACUGGACAUCUGCUGGACAAGGUCUGUUCCCUCCAUGACAAACCCCUGGAGAGCUACUGCCGUACCGACAAGCAGUGCAUCUGUUUUUCCUGUGAAGCGUUUGAACACAGAGGGCAUGAUACAAUCGCAGCUGCUGCAGAAAGGGCAGAGAUACAGAAAGAUAUGGGUGAAACCCAGACGGAAUUUCAGCAGAGAAUUCAGAUGAGAGAGAAGGAGCUGCAGGAGCUGAGAGAGGCUGUGGAAUCGAUCACAACCUCAGCACAGUCAACAGUGGAGGUCAGUGAAAGGAUCUUCACUGAGAUGAUAAGCUCCAUUGAGAGAACACGGUCUGAGGUGACAGAGCUGAUCAGAGAUCAGGAGAAGGCUGCAGUGAAUCAGGUUGAAGAAUACAUGGAGAGACUGGAGCAGGAGAUUGAUGAACUGAAGAGGAGACACACUGAGCUGGAGCAGCUUUCACACACAGAGGAUCACAUCCAUUUCCUCCAGAGGUACCAGGGUCUUCCUGUCACCCAUGAAGCUGGAUCUGGACCCAGAAUCUCAGUCAAUCCACAUUGGUAUUUUGGGAAUUUGAUGAAGGUGGUUUCUGAGCUGAAGGAUCAACUGGAGAAUGUUUGUAAAAAGAAAACGGCAGAGAUCCAUCUCAAAGGUCACUAA